AUGCGGGGCUGGUUGUUCGCAGGCUUUUUUGCAGGCGCCCUCGCGGCGAUCUCUCGAAUGGAUACCCCGAGCAGCUUCCCACACGACUACCCUGGCAAGCCUUCUGGCGACUUCAGUCCAGCAUGGCAGACGUACUUUGAGGUCACUGAACCUCUGCCUGGAGUGAACUUUGCGCUCCCGCGCAGCUUCGCAGGCAACGUCGACGUGGACCGCGCAGGGCACCCUAAUAACACGCUCUUCUUUUGGGCGUUCGAGCGCGAAAACGGCUCGUUGACGGCCUCUGCGGGCGAUCGCGGAGACGAACCUUGGGGGAUCUGGCUCAACGGCGGACCAGGGUCAUCGAGCAUGUUUGGGCUGCGUACGAAGUUAGCAGCUACCCUUCCGUCUAACGGACCGAUUCACUUGGACCAGAACCAACAGCCGUUCAAGAACGACUUCAGCUGGGACCAGCUCGCGGACUACGUCUGGGUCGAUCAGCCUGUCGGAGUCGGCUGGUCGACAACUGACUCAGACGGAUACGUUGCCGACGAAGACCAGGUUGGGACUGACUUCAUGGGUUUCCUUUCCAACCUCGUGAAGGUGUUCCCGAGCUUGGCGACACGCCCCCUGUACUUGACAGGCGAGAGCUACGCCGGAAGGUACAUCCCAUACAUUAUGAAGGCGUACUUCCAGAUGCCGAACCCUCCUGUCAAGAUCGCCAAGUUUGUCAUCGGCGAUGGGUCGAUCGGCUCCGGCACCCUCCACACCGAGGCCGCCACACUGCAAAUCAUCCAGACCUAUCCACAGCUGAUCAACUACGACCCGGGCGCGUACGAGUUCUUCGCCGAGCAGUUCCACCUCUGCGGGUUCGACGUCAACCUCACCUACCCCCAGACCGGCGGAUACUUCCCGUCGUUCAUCAACCAAACUCCGGACGCCCCAGCCACAGGCAUAUCAAAGUACACCUCACGCGCGAACGUAAAGGCAAGGGCGAAGCGCGCUGACCCGUCGCGGAGCGGGCCGCAGGGUGCGAUAGACCCGUGGUAUGGGUGUUACGUAUGGGACGAGAUGGUCGACUACGCGCUCAACUUCUCGAUGCCGUGGGUGCGCGCUGACACGCGGCGGGCGUACAGAUCUACCAGAUCGACGACGCGCUCAGACCCAGUUCCCUCUCACGGCUCGGCGUUCUUCAAUGACCCUCAAGCGCGCGCUGCCGUACAUGCGCCCACGAGCAAGAACUGGCGGUCCUCAAUCUUCUACCCCUUCCUCGGCGAUCCCGAACGCGGCAGGGACCACAGUGAACCGAUGGUGUUCCUGACGGACCUCGCGACGAACGCGAGCGCGCAGGGCAUCCAGGUCGUGCUGUACUCGGGCAACGACGACUCGCUGGUCGCGCACCGCGGGACUGAAGGUGCGUAUUCUAACACGACCUUCGGCGGCACCCAAGGCUUCACGCAGCGGCCGUCGACGCCCUGGUACGACGACAGCGGCGCGCUCGCGGGCGUCGUCCACCAGGAGCGCAACUGGACGUACGUCCUCAUCCUCCACGCGGGCCACUUCGUCCCCCAAGGCGCGCCCGCCGCCGCGUACGUCUUCCUCCGCGAGUUCGUGCUCGGCGCGAACACGACCGGGCUCGUCGCGUCCGCGGACGGCGCCGCGCUGGGCGGGGGGGACGCGGCUCUCAGCGCGUACGCGAUCCGGGGCGCCGACGGGAUCGAGGUCGGGAGCGUGACGCCGACGGGCACGGUCACGUUCGCGAGCGCGACGGUCGCGGCGUGGGACGCGUUCAUCGGGACGGUGACGGGGCCGGCGGGGGCGGGAACGGGGGCGGGAACGGCGACUGGGCCCGCGACUACGCACAAGGCGACGGGGGGCGCGAUGGGAGGAGGAGGAGGAGCGGUGGGUGCUGCGGUGCUGGCGUGUGCCGCGGCGGUGCUGUCUGGGUUCGCGUUCAUGUGA